AUGGGUCUUGGAGCUGUUUUGUCAAGGAUUCGUGAGCCCGAAGAAUCCACUUCAUAUUCUCUCGAUUAUCAGCCAGAAGUGAAACGUUCGAGGCCUUUGAACAGAAAAGAGAGAAGAGCUUUGAAGCAAGCCGAGCUUAAAGAAUCCUAUGAAAAUAUUUCUGCCAUUAAAAUCCCGGAUUACAAGAAAGCAACGCCUCCAGUAUUCAAAAUCAUCGAAGUAGACGAGCAGGCAUUUCAAAACUACAACGCAUCAUUUGGCUAUAAUGCCACUAGAAAUAAUAAUUACGUACGAUAUUCCUUAUUAGGUCCUUCUGGGCAAUACGCAGCAGUUGCCUCACAAGACAGAUAUGUCAGAGUAUAUAAGCUUGAAAAUGAUAAGCCACACAUUCAUUGGAAACACAACAUGGGCGGUUUAGUCUACGAUAUUAAAUUCAUGAACAAUGACAAGUUCCUAGUGACCUCAAAAGAGCACCCAAUUCACGCGUUCGAUGCUGAAACCGGUGAGCGAGUUGGGGCCUAUAUCGGUAGAGACCACGCGGAUGCCGUGGAAGCCGCGAUGUGCGUUGGAAUGGUUGGAGACACCGUUAUAGGAGGAUAUAAAAAGGAUUUCAAGCUGUGGAAUGUGGAACGUGGCGGAAAGCCUGUUUCCAAUUUUCCCUAUUAUGAUAAAAAAUCUUACAAUGGGCUUACCGGUAGGGCGAUGUCGAUUUGCGCUCAUCCAUCAAUGCCCAAUAUAUUUGCCGCAGUCGGAUGUUGCGAUAGAAUUGCCGUUUACUCUGACAAAUGGAAGUCCCCAAUUUCAACGAUCGAAACGAAUACGAAAAGUUACACACAUGUUCUCUAUUCAAGUGAUGGUAUGAAGCUUUACGCGUCGGAGCGCAAGGGCGAUAUUCAUUGUUUCGAUCUUCGUAUGAACAUGAUGUGCCAAAUUUUGAAGCGCGAGAUGACCACAAAUCAUAGGGCAAUUUUCGAUAUUGAUUCCUCAUUGCUAUUCUCCGGUACUUCGUCCGGCGAAAUCGUCGCUUACGACAUUGGAAGUGUCGAUGAGGAGCUCGAGCCAAUUUCAAAAACGCGAAUAGCGUCAACCUGUGUUCCCUGUGUUAGUGUGGCUAGUGGAAAAUUGGUGGCGUGCUCGGGCGAACGCAUAUUCCCAUCGGUCGGCCUAUGCGACACCGACGAAGAGAACGAGAACCAACUUGAUUCAUUCACCCUCUACCCGGCCAAUUCUUUUCAAUUCAUUUCGUAUGCAUUUUGA